AUGGCCAGAAAGCGGAAAUAUCAAUCUGCAAUGGGAGAUAUCGAUCCCUGUUUAAAUCCAGUAUAUCUUCCAAAUGAAAAUUAUUAUAGGAAUCCAACAGAAACUCCUACUGAGUUAUUACCUCCGCAUAUAUCAACAAAUCCGGCAAAACCUGGAAAUGCAAAAUGUAAUUCAAAGAUCUUACCAAUAUAUCAAAAUCCAGCUGAGAAGAUAAAAUUAAAGGGUAUUAGACGGGAUUUGUUAAAUAAUAAUACAAUUAUUCCAUGUAAUAAACAUUGUGACAUGGUUGAUAUAUUGAAUGACGAUAUGUCCUUUGUUGAAACUAAAACUAAAUCAAUAAUAACAAAUAACAUGAGUAGGAAAGAUUCCAGAAAUAAUAAAAAUUUAAAUAAAACUAUUAAACCACGUAUUGAUAAGGGUAAUUCUAACUUACCACCAUUACCUCGUACUGAAGAUUAUUGGCCUAAAUUAGUUACAAGUGGAUAUGAAGAACAUGAAAACUACCUAGAUAAGAUAAGAAAAGAACAUUUAGAUAGUCAAUAUCAAGAGAUUUCAAGAUUAAGAGAUGAAAAUAAGAAUAGGAAUUCUCAAUGUAACCAUUAUUAUAAACAAUAUAAUAUUCCUCUUAGUAGUUCUAAUUUAGGAAAUAAUAAUGCUGGGAAUUCAUAUUAUAAUAAAUUAUAUUUAAGAAGUGAUGAAGGGAUAUAUUGUGUUGAAACUCCACUUAGAAAUAUUAGAGAUAUUGAUAAUAAAUGGAAUAAUGUUAAUGCUAAAAAGCAUGGUAUACUCCAAGAUAUUUCAAUUAAUAAUGCUAAUUUUAAUAAUUUACAAAGUAAGGGUACUCAAAUAGAUGAAACAAAGUAUUUAGAUAAUAAGAAAACUAUAGCAAUUUCGGAAUUACCCAAGAACUUAAAAUGUGAUGCAAUAGUAGGUGGGAAUACUCCACUACGUAAUAUUAUUGAUAAUAAUAAUCUUGAUGAAGUAGUUUUAAAUAGAAAUAAAGAACGAGAAUACAGAAAAGAAACUAAUGAUAUUGCUGUUGGUCCCUCUCCAAAUUCCCAUAUAUUACCUCAUGAUUUAGAGAAAACACCUAAAAUAGAAAAAAUAAGACCAAAUAGUAUACUUAGAAAAAGUAUUGAAAUUUUUAAUGAAUCAUCAAAACAAGUUAGAUUUUCAACUAGAUAUAAAUCAGAUAAAUCUAAAUUUUUAUUAAAAUUUGAAGAAUUAAAUUUUGAUCCAGCAGAAGAACCAUUAGUAAAUAUGGAAAAUGACGAAUAUUACAGUGAAUCAAUGGAAGGAGACAAUAUAUAUGAAGAUUAUUCUUUUUUUGAUUCUAUUUCUUUAGAUAGUCGUAUAUUAUUACGUUUAAUACAGAUUUGUAGAAAGGAGUUAAAUUUGGUUGAAAAUUUAACUACUCAAAUAGAUGAUAUUGGGACUAAUUCAGACUAUACAUUGGUAAAUAAAGCAGUAAAUGGAAUAUAUAAAUAUUUCUUAAUAAAAGCUGUAGAUUAUGGAUGGAAAAAAGAUAAUGAAUUUAGUGAUGUUAAAUCUGCAAUGGCUAAGGAAUAUAGGAAUAAUAAUGUAAAUUAUUAUAAUAGUAUUAUUAAUGAAAGAGAAGUAUUAAAAAAUAAAAUUGGGAUAUAUAAUUCAAAUAUUCAGAAACUUAAGAAUGCAUUAAGUGAAGCGGAUAAACUAAAGGAAUUAAUUGAAUUAGAUUAUUUUAGUGAAAAUAGGGAUUUAAUAGAUACUCCUGAUAUUGAUGAAAUAGAAAAUGUAAAUAAAUUUGGUAAUCAGGAAUAUAAGAAGUGGAUUCUUCAAUAUGUGAAACAUUUGUUUAAUGGAAUUAAUGAAAUAAUAAAUAAGGGGGAUACCUUAAGUAAUAUUAAUAAAUAUAAUGAAGAUACUAAUAAUUCAUAUGAAACUGAUCAUUCUAAUGAUUAUUCUCCUACUCCUGUAUUAAAAGUAUUAAAAGAUGACAACUCUGAAUUGAGAGAUAAUAAGUUGGGAAAUAUUAAUAAUUCAUGUGAUAAGAAUAUCUGUGGAUCAAGCAUAGUUGAUGAUAUCUUAAGCGAGUGUUAUAAGAUGCAAUUUAUUUCAAUGGAAAGCAUUGCAUUCUUAAAUGAUUGUAUUGCUCUUCUUAAUGAUGCAGAAAUUGGUAUGCAAAAUUUUCAAAAGUUAUUAGCUCAUAAGGCAUUUAAUAUACAUGAAGAUGAUAAAAAUGGGAAGUUAAGCAAUGAUGUUGAUGAAGCUGAAGAUGCAAUGCUGAGGUUGCAACGUGGUGCAUCAAUUACACCACGCUUCAGCAUUGAUAGUAAUACAGGCAGUUAUAAUAGAACAAGUAUUAGUAAUAGGAUAUCUAUGACAAAAAAAAACCUUCAUAAUUUAUUAUAA